GUCUACUACUAAACCACCAUUUGUGUCCAUUUCUCGUAUAAACCCCAAAAUUUCGUGGGGAAAGAACCAAAGGAGUGGCAAGAAGAAACUAUACAGAAGAGAGAACAAUGGAGUGUUGUGGGAGACCUAACAGGAGUGACGUUCAUUUGUCAAGUGAAGAAGAGGCAAAGAUUGAGUCCGAGACAAGAGAACACUUUGAUGGAGUAGCUCCCAAACGUCACUCGAAGCCUCAACGCAGCGAAUACGCGUCUCAAUAUGUCGAUGUUCUCUCUAAAGAUGGUAAACAAGAGUCCAAUCCUGAACUUGUUGAGUUCCAACGACUCGAAAAUGAUUCACAGCAGAAAUUGGUUCUGAAUGGAAGUGAGGUGAGCGAGGAAUUUGUGGAGACAGACUACUACAAGGAUCUGAAUUGCAUUGACAAGCAACACCACACAACAGGAACAGGGUUUAUCAAAGUUCAAAACCCUGGCGACAGAGGUUACCGCCUUGAACCUGAUUCCGACACCAGCACUCAGGCGUCUUGCCAGUGCAACCCAGCAACUAAUGACUGGGUACCAGAUGCUGCUAGUGCGGUACCUUCUGCUUCAGGCAAGCCAGGCAGGAGUGACAACUAAGGUGGAAUGUGGAUCUCCGUUACCUUUUAAGUGAGAUGCUAAUGUUGCAUAUUUCUGUCUGCAUUUGUGAUUCUGUAUACCCACUGAUGUGGCCAAUAAGUUUAUGAUUAAUCACCUGUAUGCCUCGAGUUGAUGAGAGUAUGUAAUAAAUAGAGCUUUCUAUGCUUCUUCUGAUCACAAGAGGUUCGAAUCUUUUUUAUGCAA